AUGGUGCAGACCAAAGAAAUCGCGCUCGAGCAGCUGGCCCUGACUCUCACGGGCGAUGCCUCCUGGUCCUCCGGCCCCAUCUACGUUGUGUGUGAUGUUGGUGGCACGAGCGCGCGCGUCGGUUUUUCUCAAGCGUCGCAGCACGACAGAAGUGGUCUGCACAUCAUUUACGUCCGCUUCAAGGUGACAAAGAGCGACAUUCGCCAGCUGCUCGAGUUCUUCGAUGAGGUGCUGCAACACCUGAAGAAGAACUUGCCCGACCACGGCGCCUCCUUUCUGCGUCGGGUGGCGUCGGGUGCUGUGAGUGUGCCGGGACCGGUCACCAACGGACAACUCGCCGGCCCCUUCAACAAUCUGAAGGGCAUUGCGCGGCUGGUGGACUACCCAGUGGAGCUGUUUCCGAAGGGCCGCAGCGCGCUCCUAAACGAUCUAGAGGCGGGCGCCUAUGGUGUGCUAGCUCUGAGCAACGCCGGUAUAUUGUCUGACUAUUUCAAGGUCAUGUGGAAGGGCACGCAGUGGGACGCGCUGUCGGAAGGCAAGCCCGCCGGCAGUACCAUCGGUCGCGGCCGCUGCAUGGUUGUGGCCCCCGGCACCGGUGUUGGCUCCUCUCUCAUCCACUACGUGGGUGUCUCGGACAGCUAUAUCGUGCUGGCGCUGGAGUGCGGCUCUCUGUCCAUGUCAUGGUGUGCCAACGAGGACUCGAAGUAUGUCCAGGCACUUGCUGGGUACAUGGCAUCCAAGGCGCAUGCAAAGGGCCUGGACUCGACGGUGGCCCCAAUCUGGGAGGCUGCGUCAAAUGGCGCCGGAUUGGAGUUCAACUACGCGUACGCCAAGGAAGGGCAGAAGGCAUCUGCACCUCUCAAGUCCGCGCCCGAAGUGGCCAAGCUCGCCAAGAGUGGCAGCGACACAGCAGCCAUCGCCGCCGUGGACCGCCUCUACAAGAACCUCAUAGGCCUCACAGCCGAGACGACGAUGCAGUUCCUACCACUGACGUGUGUGCUGAUGGGCGACAAUGUCGUUGCCAACAGCUUCUACUUCGAGAAACCAGAGAAUGUGAAGAGGUUGCAGGCUCGCCUGCACGAGCACGCGAUGGAGCGUCAGUUUAAAUUCUUGAGUCGCACCACAUUUCUUCGUCAGGUGAGCAGUGUGAACAUCAACCUGCUGGGGUGCCUUGGAUUUGGUAGCCAGCUCUCCAAGUCGGCAGAUCAAGUGGUGCCGACCAAGUCACACUUGUGA